UUAAAUGGAUCGACUGUCAUUGCUGGAAACAAUACUACAACCUUCCAGUCGCAACACAGUCCCUUCAACCAAUAGACUGCCCUGCCACAUUGAGUCCACCCACUGAAACAACCUGUAUCACAUUUACAGUAUGGAUACUCGAGCGUUUCACCUUGAGCAAAUUCAUUUCAGAACUUUUCUGGAGGAAAUAGGUUUUACCAAAUCUUGUCGAAAAAUAUUUAUUUCAAUGACUUUCAUCUUUACAUGUGCUUGUAUCAUAUAUUCUGAAGCUUUGUGUAAUUUUUGACAUAUUGCUCGUAGGAUUUUAGAGCCUCGGUUCACUUAAAAGAGUUGAAGCUUAAAUCUCGUUGGCUCUCAUGGGACUGAGGCAUUCGUCGCGUUGUUUGCUGCUACGGAGGAUCAUGGCGGAGGCGGACAGCUCGGAGCGGCAACAGCCUGUCAUGUCCCCCCUCUCCCAGUCUGCUCAGCCCUCCCCACUGCCUAAACCAGUGCCUACUACCCACCACGUGCCCUGCAUCCCCCAUGCACCUCAUGUAGCAUCCCUGGCCACCUGUCCUGGAAGAGGCAAGCUUGCCCACUUCAUCAGCCCAGAGGAUAUGACAUCACGGGACUACUACUUUGACUCUUAUGCCCACUUUGGCAUCCAUGAGGAGAUGCUGAAAGACGAGGUCCGGACGCUGACGUAUCGGAAUGCCAUGUACCACAACAAGCACGUGUUCAAGAAUAAAAUCGUCCUGGAUGUUGGCAGCGGCACAGGGAUCCUUUCUAUGUUUGCUGCCAACGCCGGUGCCAAACACGUGUACGGGAUUGAAUGUUCAAGUAUAUCUGAAUAUUCAGAGAAGAUCAUCAAGUCGAAUCACCUACAUAAUGUCAUUACCAUCUUCAAGGGCAAGGUGGAGGAGGUGGAGCUCCCCGUGGAGAAGGUGGACAUUAUCAUCUCCGAGUGGAUGGGUUACUGCCUCUUCUACGAGUCCAUGCUCAACACAGUCAUCUUUGCAAGGGACAAGUGGCUGAAACCUGGAGGCUUGAUGUUCCCUGACAGAGCAUCUCUCUACGUCGUAGCCAUUGAAGACAGGCAGUAUAAGGACUUCAAGAUUCAUUGGUGGGAAAAUGUGUAUGGGUUUGACAUGAGCUGCAUUCGCAAUGUGGCCAUCAAAGAGCCUCUGGUGGAUGUGGUUAACCCCAAGCAGGUGGUGACUAACGCCUGCCUCUUAAAGGAGGUGGACAUCUACACUGUGAAGCCAGAGGAUCUGUCCUUUACCUCAGCUUUCUGUCUGCAGAUCCAGCGCAAUGAUUAUGUCCAUGCAUUGGUCACAUAUUUCAACAUAGAGUUCACCAAAUGCCAUAAGAAGACUGGCUUCUCCACUGCUCCAGAUGCUCGCAGCACACACUGGAAGCAGACCGUGUUUUAUUUAGAAGACUACUUAACUGUCAAGAAGGGAGAGGAGAUCUUUGGCAGUAUCACAGUCAGACCAAAUGAGAAGAAUGCGCGCGACCUGGAGUUCACCCUCGAGCUAGACUUCAAAGGACAACUGUGUGAAGCCGCCAUUUCCCACGACUAUAAAAUGCAUUAGGAACAAACAAAAGCCCCGGUGCAGACCUACCCUCCAACCCUCUGGACACAACUAGAGAGCAGGAGGUGGGCACCGCCUCUCCCAACAACAAUUCUGUUGGAGAAGAAGGGCUAGCAGGCUCAUCAGAUAGGACGGCAUCAAGCCAGCAUCUACGUGAUGCCAUCAGAAUAAGUAUCGCUCAGCAAUAGUGCCAUCACAUGAUCGGCUGGGGCUCUUCACUGAAUGUAACAUCCUAAAUGAACUUGAUUUACUUCAGUUAGAAUUUUGAAAUUUUAUUAUUUUAAAUAAGAAACAAAAGCAUUUCAGUCCUUACAUUGUAAGUGAUCUGUGGAUGUUUGGAGGAUCAAUUUAUUUUUUAUUUUAUAAUUUGUUGAGUGUAGAAAAGAAAAGAAAUAGCCAUGUGUAAAUCUAUUAUUUUGGUUUACAACUGCUCUGGAGUUUGCUAAUUUCAUGAAUGAAAUUGAUGAAUUCUGCCACAGUAGAAAUUAAACAAAUCUUUUUUCAUGCUGUUAGCAUCUAAUUGGGCCAGUUAAAAGUCAAAUUAAUUGAUCUAGUGAAUAUUUAAUUUUAGGUACAGUUAAAGCCUCGUACAGGUUGACUUUUAAACAAAGAGAACAGAUUUACAGUUUUUUUUUUGACCCUAGACAGGCUCUGUUCUUAAGAUUUAUGAUAUGCCAUGUAGGUGUAAAGAUGUUACAGUAACUCAUUGUGUUUAAGUAUUAUUUAAUAUUUGCACGUGAAACUUUUUGGUUCAGUAAUUAAAAAAAAAUAUGUGAAAAUGUACUUUUAUUUAUUUCUUUUAAUUCAACAGAAAUCAGAGCAAAUGUGCUUUGGUGGGACAAUGUGUCAGAAAAGAAACUAAUACAGAUGCAAUAUGUUUUAAACCACUUUGUUUUGAGUUUGGUUGAGCGUGAUGAUAAAUAAAAUGUGAAAGAAACAAGUCA